AUGAACACAAAUAGAGUAUUAUUCUCAAAAGAGAAUGUAUUCGUUUACCCACCAGAGAUUGAAAAGGGUAUAAAAGGUACAAUUUCAUUAUGUAGUUUAGAUAAAGGAUCAAUAUUUUUAUGUUGGAUACCAGAUAUUGAAGAGAAAGAAGAUGAUCAUUCAUCAUCAUCAUCAUCAUCGUCGUCAAAUUUACAAUCACCCAAUGGUAAGAAUCCAUUAGCAGCAUCGACAAUCAUUGAAAUUGAUGAUCAAAAUUCAUGGGUAGUUAGAGUACAUGUCAAAGAAUUGAAAUCAAUUAAAAAGUAUACACCAAAUAUUGGUACUCCUUACAUUAUUAUAACAAGUAAAAAAGGUACUGCUUUCUUUCCUUUCUUUUUUGAACAUGGUGGCGUUAGAGAAUUUUUAAAAUCAUUAUCUUCAAUUAUACAUUUAAAAAAAUCAAAUUUAGAUUCAAACUUUUUUACAGUUGUUGAUUUUUCAGAUCCAGUACAAAGAAGUUUAUCAAGUAUGAAUUUAUCAGAUCAUUUUUAUAAUAGUAAUAAUAAAGAUGACUUAUAUAGUAGUAGUAGUAAUAGUAGUAGUAAUAGUGGUAAUAGUAAUAGUAGAAAACAAAAAGAUCCUGUUAUACCAGAUUUUAAUGAUGAUUUAACAUUUGGUCAUGAUAUGGAUUUACAUAAUCAAGAUCAAGAAAAAGAAGAUAGAUAUUCAUUAUUAUCAUCAACUAAUCAAUUAAAAAAAGCACAAGAAAUUUCUGUAUUAUCAUCACCACCCUCUUCUUCACAUACAACUUCAAUAAGUCCAACUUCAAAUAAAUCAUCAUCUUUUAUUAAUAUUGGAAGUAAUAAUAAUAAUAACAACAACAACAAUAAUAAUAAUAGUAGUGUAUCAUCAUCACUUAGUAAAUCAACAAAUGGAUUAUCAUUUUCAUCAAUAUUAUCAAGAUCAACAUCACCAUCAGCUUCAACAUCACCAAUUCCAAUUGAAAAAUCAGGUAAUAAUAAUGGUAGUAAUAAUAAUAAUAGUAGUAAUAUAACAUCACCAAUACCAUCACCAUCUUCUAAAUUCUUAUCAGCUAGUGGUGGUAGUGAUAAUGAAAAUAAUAGUAAUAAUACAAAUAGUAAUAACAAUUCAAAUAACAAUGCAAACACUGGAUCAUUAUCAACAUCACCAACAAAUAAAAGAGCAUUAAAACGUGAAAUUUCAUCAAGUAUUUUUGAUAAUUUUGCAAAAGUAACACAAUUAGCAAAAUCUGCUCAAAAAAAUAUUUUUGAAGAACCAGCAAAAAGAAUUGAUAAUCAUUUUAGAAAUUUAAUUGGAUCAAAAUCAUCAAUUGGUUCAAAUUUAUCACCACAAAAUGCAAAUAAUCAAUAUUUUGAUAUAUUGAAUGAGAGUGGAUCGUCAUUGAAUGCAUCAAGUGAUUAUUUUACACCAUUCAAUAUAUCAUCAUUAAAUUUCUCCAUAGAGUUGGGAGCCAAUAGAAGAGAGUGUAAUCCAAUGUCACCAAGUGAAUGGUAUUCCUAUUUCGAUGAUGAAGGUAGAAUUUGUUUAGCGAAUCAACAGAUUCUAUUGAAAAAGAUAUUCUAUGGUGGUAUUGAAGAAUCAAUUCGUCAAGAGGUUUGGCCAUUCCUAUUGGGAGUUUAUUCAUUCGAUUCGACUUAUUCCUCAAGAGAGGUUGUAAAAUAUGAAAAAACUCAACAAUAUCAAACCGUUAAAAGACAAUGGGAAUCGAUAUCUUGUGAACAAGAGAGUAGAUUCUCAAAGUAUCAAUCUAGAAAAUUGUUAAUUCAAAAGGAUGUUAUUAGAACCGAUCGUUUGCAUCCAAUGUUUAUUCAGGGUGAGGAUGAUAUCGAUAGCAAUGAGAAUCUACGUCUAAUGAGGGAUGUCCUCUUGACUUAUUCUUUCUUUAAUUUCGAUAUUGGUUAUGUUCAAGGUAUGAGUGAUUUACUCUCACCAAUCAUCUCGGUUAUGGGUGGUGUCUCAAAAGAGGUGGAAUGUUUUUGGUGUUUCAAAGGUUUAAUGGAUAGAUUGGAGAGUAAUUUUCAUAAGGAUCAAAAUGGUAUGCAUCAUCAAUUAUCUACACUUUCAAAGUUAUUGAAAUUCAUCGAUUUGGAACUUUACACUCAUUUAGAGGCAAAUAAUGGUGGUAAUAUGUACUUUUUCUUUCAAUCGGUUUUAAUUUGUUUCAAGAGGGAAUUCCCAUUUCAUGAUGUACUCACACUUUGGGAAAUACUUUGGAGUAAUUAUAUGACAAAGAAUUUACCAAUCUUUAUGUGUCUAUCAAUUUUAAUCAAAGAAAGAAAUCAAAUUUUAGAUGAAAAUAUGGCUUUUGAUCAAAUCUUGAAAUUAAUCAAUGAAAAAGCAAAUAGAAUGGAUUUGGAAGACAUUCUAGUCGAUGCUGAGUCUAUGGUUAGAUAUUUCAUAAUUAAACAAAUGUCAAUUGAUACCGAUAAAAGUUUAAUUAAAUUAAAAGAAUCAAUUUCAAUUUAUUAA